AAACUCUGUGGCUUUUUCUAGAUCUCCGACUUUCCGACCUGACGUCAUGACUUGAUCUAGUUUUUUCCCGAGUUCUCAGUGGUCUUGAAAGCACAAUAGGAACUGACUGAGACAAGUGCCUGGCACUUGGUAUAAACAUCAGCGCUUUGCGGUAUUACUGCUUUCUGACCAUCUUUGAGCUACGCACCGCCCCUCCGACCUGUAAAUCUCUCUAGCAUUCAGUGGAGCGAGCGGCUCUGACAGGCACUAUCAACUGGCCGAUCUGCGCGACCCUGGGCUGGAUCAAGCGGAAGGAAUGGGGACAGUCAGUUGCGAAGGCGACAUCACCCGAGCGCUUAUAUGUCAGAAAGCGAACACUCCGCUAGAUGAUGUCGUUUGUGUUUUCGCAUCGUGGCAACAGUUUGGGGACUUGAAAUAGCUUCUGCCAUCCAAAAAACAUCGAGGCUAUCGAUUAAAUUGGUGUUUAGAAAAGUGAAAUCAAUUUUCCGCUGUUAAUCGACCGAAUCCCUGGAUGGAAGACGACUUGAGAGGUCGGGCAGAAACUGUUUGAAGAAAACAGCCCUUUUCAAUGUCGCUGCGCCUAUCAUAAUCUGAAACAUCAUUGGAAGCCUCGACGGCUGCUAGAUGAGACAGACCAUCUUUGCCAUGGCAUUGGUCCUGAAAAACUCGGAAAAGCUCUCAAAAUGAAAAGCGCUCAACGUUUGUCAUUACUGCGGAUUUAAAUGCCUCUCGCGAAUGGACACCGACCGGCUAUUUCGGUCCAGUUAGUGCGUGCGGCGUUUUCGACUGUCGCGGAAAUCUGAAAUAGAUUGAAAUAAACAUACAAUUAAUUAAGUGCGGGUGAGAAUACACAACGCAUAGUUUUUUUUAAAGCAAUAUGGCUGGUGAGUGGGGCUGGGGACGCUGGCAUAGGCUCUCCAAGGCUUCUAGAUGCUAGAUGAGGCGGACGCCACCGUUACCCAUGGAAGCGGCAACUCUAUGAUGAGUAGAAAUAACUAUUUUAACAAAAAUCCGGACUCCUCGAUCUCUAUGUCCAAGAUGGACGUGAUCAUCCCCUUCUCGCCAGACGUGCCCUGCGACAACAAUGGCCAGCGCAUGUGGUGGGCAUUCCUCGCCUCCUCCAUGGUCACGUUUUUCGGGGGUCUCUUCAUCAUUCUCCUGUGGAGGACCCUCAAAUACCUGUGGACCGUCUGCUGCCACUGUAACAUCAAAAAGAAGGAGGCCCAGAAGGUAAAUAACCCUGCUAACAGUCAGGCAGCAGACGGUACAGCUAAGGGUCCUGAUGAGAAGGACGAAGUGGUCCCUGCCAGCGAGGUGGGCUGGAUGACAUCCGUUAAGGACUGGGCCGGGGUCAUGAUAUCAGCACAGACACUCACCGGCAGGGUCCUGGUUGUACUAGUUUUCGCUCUCAGCAUUGGAGCACUUGGAAUAUACUUUAUAGAUUCUUCUGAUCCCAUAGAAUCCUGUCAGAAUUUCUACAAAGAUUUCACAUUACAGAUCGACAUGUUCUUCAAUGUCUUCUUCCUCCUCUACUUUGGCUUGCGGUUCAUAGCAGCCAAUGAUAAGCUGUGGUUCUGGCUGGAGGUCAACUCAGUUGUGGACUUCUUCACUGUUCCUCCUGUCUUCGUAUCUGUCUACCUGAACAGGAGCUGGCUGGGUUUAAGAUUCCUGAGAGCCUUGAGAUUGAUACAGUUCUCUGAAAUUUUACAGUUUUUGAAUAUCUUAAAAACAAGCAAUUCCAUCAAGCUGGUGAACCUGUGUUCCAUCUUCAUAAGCACAUGGCUAACAGCUGCCGGAUUCAUACAUUUGGUGGAAAACUCAGGGGAUCCUUGGGAAAACUUCCAAAAUUCCCAGUCACUUUCCUAUUGGGAAUGUGUCUACUUGCUCAUGGUCACUAUGUCAACAGUGGGCUACGGGGACGUCUAUGCAAAAACCACCCUGGGACGCCUGUUCAUGGUCUUCUUCAUCCUCGGGGGUUUGGCCAUGUUUGCCAGCUACGUCCCUGAAAUCAUAGAGUUAAUAGGAAACCGCAAGAAAUAUGGUGGUUCCUAUAGUGCGGUUAAUGGGAGAAAGCACAUUGUGGUUUGUGGUCAUAUUACACUCGAAAGUGUCUCCAACUUCCUCAAAGACUUCCUACACAAGGACAGGGAUGAUGUCAAUGUAGAAAUUGUUUUUCUCCAUAAUAUUUCCCCUAAUCUUGAGCUGGAAGCCUUGUUCAAACGCCACUUUACCCAGGUAGAGUUCUACCAGGGUUCUGUUCUCAACCCUCACGAUCUGGCCAGAGUGAAGAUUGAGUCAGCAGACGCCUGUCUGAUUCUGGCUAAUAAGUACUGUCCAGAUCCUGAUGCUGAAGACGCCUCCAACAUCAUGAGGGUCAUCUCUAUCAAGAACUAUUCCCCCAAGAUACGAAUUAUCACUCAGAUGUUACAAUACCAUAACAAGGCUCACCUGCUCAACAUUCCUAGCUGGAACUGGAAGGAGGGGGAUGAUGCUAUCUGUCUAGCAGAGCUGAAGGCUGGCUUCAUAGCUCAGAGCUGUCUGGCCCAGGGCCUCUCCACCAUGCUGGCCAACCUCUUCUCCAUGAGGUCCUUCAUCGAGAUUGAAGAGGACACAUGGCAGAAGUACUAUUUAGAAGGGGUAGCUAAUGAGAUGUACACAGAGUAUCUGUCCAGUGCCUUUGUGGGGCUCUCCUUCCCUGCAGUCUGCGAGCUGUGCUACGUGAAGCUGAAGCUGUUGCUUAUCGCCAUCGAGAACAAGUCGGAGCUGGGUGAGAGCAGAAGCAGAAAGCGCAUCCUCAUCAACCCGGGGAACCACGUAAAGAUGCAGGAAGGAACUCUGGGGUUCUUCAUCGCCAGUGAUGCCAAAGAAGUAAAGAGAGCAUUUUUCUACUGCAAAGCUUGUCACGAUGACAUCACAGACCCCAAACGGAUCAAAAAGUGUGGCUGCAAACGACUGAUUUACUCCAAGAUGUCCGCCUACAAACAAAUGAAACUGGCAUGUUGUUUUGAUUGCGGCCGUUCAGAGCGAGACUGCUCUUGCAUGUCAGGCAGUGUACAUAGUAACAUGGACACCCUACAGAGGGCCUACCCACUCUCCUCUGUCUCUGUUCAUGAUUGCGCAACCACUUUACGUGCCUUUGAAGACGAGCACCCGUCAACUCUGUCGCCCAAAAAAAAGCAGCGGAACGGAGGCAUGCGAAACUCACCCAACAACUCCCCCAACAUGAUGAGCAGGCAUGACCCUCUACUAAUCCCUGGGAACGAGCAGAUGGAGAACAUGGACAUGAACUUGAAGCAGUAUGACUCCACAGGAAUGUUCCACUGGUGUCCGUCUAAAGAGAUCGAGAAGGUCAUCCUGACCCGGAGUGAGGCAUCCAUGACGGUGUUGAGCGGCCAUGUAGUGGUCUGUAUAUUUGGAGAUGUCACGUCCGCUCUAGUGGGGCUGCGAAACUUGGUGAUGCCUUUGAGAGCCAGCAACUUCCAUUAUCACGAGCUGAAACCCAUAGUUUUUGUGGGCUCGCUGGAGUACCUGAGGAGAGAGUGGGAAACCCUACACAACUUCCCCAAGGUCUCCAUACUACCUGGUACGCCAUUAAGCCGUGCAGAUUUAAGGGCUGUCAACAUCAACCUCUGCGACAUGUGCGUGAUACUGUCGGCCAAUCAGAACAAUAUCGACGACGCCUCGCUGCAGGAUAAGGAAUGCAUUCUGGCGUCGCUCAACAUAAAGUCUAUGCAGUUUGACGACAGCAUCGGGCUCUUGCAGGCUAACUCCCAAGGUUUCACGCCUCCUGGAAUGGACCGGUCCUCUCCAGACAGCAGUCCAGUACAUGGUUUAGCACGCCAGGCCUCCGUCACCACUGGCGCCAACAUCCCCAUCAUCACUGAACUAGCUAAACCUGGCAAAAUACUGCCUUUGGUUUCAUUCAGUCAGGAAAAAAAACUUGGAAUCAACAUACAAAUGAUAACUGAGCUGGUGAACGACUCCAACGUUCAGUUCUUGGACCAAGAUGAUGACGACGACCCGGACACAGAGCUGUACCUGACGCAGCCCUUCGCCUGUGGAACCGCCUUCGCUGUCAGCGUGCUGGACUCUCUCAUGAGUGCAACAUACUUCAACGAUAAUAUCCUCACCCUGAUCCGGACGCUGGUGACUGGGGGAGCCACCCCAGAGCUAGAGGCUCUACUGGCUGAGGAGAACGCCCUGCAAGGGGGCUACAGCACGCCACAGACACUGGCCAACCGAGACAGGUGUCGUGUUGCCCAACUGGCCCUGUACGAUGGGCCCUUUGCCGACUUGGGGGAUGGUGGUUGCUAUGGAGAUUUGUUCUGUAAAGCAUUGAAGACAUACAACAUGUUGUGCUUCGGAAUCUACAGAUUGAGAGACGCUCACCUUGCCACACCUAGCCAGUGUACCAAACGGUAUGUGAUCACCAACCCUCCGUAUGAGUUUGAGUUGGUCCCCACAGACCUGAUCUUCUGUCUGAUGCAGUUUGACCACAAUGCGGGCCAGUCUCGGACCAGCCUUUCCCACAGCUCCCACUCCUCCCAUUCCUCCAGCAAAAAGAGCUCGUCUGUCCACUCCAUCCCCACCACCAACCGCCAGAACCGCAGCAGCAAGGCUCGGGAGGCUGGCCACAAACAGAAUGCAACAAGGAUGAAUAGAAUGAGCCAAGAAAGGAAAUGGUUUACAGAUGAACCAGAAAAUGCCUACCCACGGAACAUUCAGAUCAAGCCCAUGAGCACUCACAUGGCCAACCAAGUCAACCAAUACAAAUCCACUAGCAGUCUGAUACCACCAAUCAGAGAAGUUGAAGAUGAAUGCUGAAAACCAGGCCCGCUUGAUGACUCGUGAGAAUUCUGGACGCUCUUAUGAAAGGAGAUAAGAGAUGGCGAACAGGGAUAAUGAUGAUUAAUUGGUCCCCACUCAUUCUACAGAUCAAGAGUUUGACAUAAACACCACAACUGGAAGGGGCCUCCUAUGUGUAUACCUGCAAUGUUACUUCCAUGCUCUUCAUGUUUCAUUUAUCAAUCUUCCAUAGAGAUGUACAUAAUGACAAUCUAAUGAGGAUUGUACACCCCCUCCCCCUUAGCACUUUUUGAAAUGAUUUGAAGAGUUGAAGAGAGAAGAUUAAGUACUUCCUGUAAUUAUUUGCAAUCGUUCAUCACCUCUUCGUGUGACCAGACUCCAUGGCUACUGUAUUUUGAGGUUACUACUUGUUGUUGGAGGAUGAGGGUCACGGCAGUUCGCUCAUCGUUCACCACAUCUCCCAAAAACGCCAUUGGGGCUGACCACUCAUACACCGUGUCUGUUUCUGUUCUAUUUGCACUAAAACUGAUCACGCUAUUUUGCAACACGACGACGGGAAACAUUGACAUCUCCCCAAAACAACACCCAUCACAGAAAUGUGAACUUUUUGGUUGUCGAUUCACUUUGUCAUUUGAAGAGGUGUACAGAUCCAUUACAUCACUGCUUAGGGUAUGCUACUGUAUGUCAACAUGCUGUUGAGUAAUCAUCUGAAUGAAUGCAUUCGAGUCCUGUAGAUCAUAUUGUAAAUCAGUUGUCUUGAGACUCAGAGUACUGUAAGAGAUAGUUAUGGGAUAAGCUGGUUGACCGUAUAUAGCUACACUGUACCUACAUCUGUUCUGGGGAUAUCACAAUGGCUAUGGAUCAUAAUGAUGUCUUUGACCGUGUUUCAAGCUCCUAUCAUCGCAUGGUGCCUGAGCCCUUUUAUAACAAUACAGCGCAGAUGAUCAACUUAACCUGAAAACAUGAAAACAUGAAAGGGGACGAAGGACAACCUUGUCCUAUCCCUUAUGUGUAAACAUGAAACGGGACAAAAGACAACCUUGUCCUAUCCCUUAUGUGUAAACAUGAAAGUGGACGAAGGACAACCUUGUUCUAUCCCUUAUGUGUAAACAUGAAAGGGGACGAAGGACAACCUUGUCCUAUCCCUUAUGUGUAAACAUGAAAGGGGACGAAGGACAACUUUGUCCUAUCCCUUAUGUGUAAACAUGAAAGAGGUGAAUGGACAACUUUGUCUCGUCCCUUGUGAACACGUUAAUUGAGUGAAAGGACAGCCUUGUACACAUCUUGCAUAUGGCAUGUGUAUACUGUACGUGGCAGCAAUGUGUCCCCUCAACAAAAACAUUGGUGGAACAUCUGAGUUAGUGUUAGUGUUGUCAUCUCUCCAUCAGUGUGUAUGUGAUGGUGGUUCAGCCUCUGAGGGAGCAGCAUGUGGGAUCAAGGCUUCAAACAUGAAUAACGAAUAUGAACUAGCUCUGUCUGGGGGUUGCCAAUCAACUAAUGAACUAAGCAAACACUUUUCUAUGCUCACCAUCAUGCCCAGUCACAUCACCAAUAAUACACCAUCUAUGAUUGAGCUGAAUAAAUGUGAACAAACAUUAGCUGUGUGCCCUAAAAAUGUAAGGGAAGCAUUUAAGCCGAAACCUAUUUAAUAACAAAAGAAUAAGCAUAUCAUUUCAAUAUUUUUUUGUCUGUUGAGAAAUUUGGAGAAACAAUGCCACAUAUUGCGUAAAAUGGGCAUCAGUGGGUCCUCCUUUGACCAGCGCCACCACUGCCUGGCACAGGGUUGGUAACAGAGGCAGCAAAGAGCUUGGAUGUUCUCCGCUGCCAAUCCUGAUGUCAUCAUGACACCUCUAAACACUGUUGGUAAACAUUAAGGGAAAAGCUCAAUCAUAGUUUUGCCACUGAUGACGAUGAAGAACGCUGGAGAAAACUUGCUUGUGUUCUUCAUGUUAUUCUGGUCAAGGCACAAGACAGUCCGUGUUAAAAAUGGACCGUUUCUAUUUUGUUUUUGAUCCAGAGCAACCCAGACAGAGCUGCAGCCUUGGGGAGGAGAGGGUAUGGUGCCACAGAUGAACCAACUCAAUUCUUAACCUAGAUACUUUAUACAUACAAAUAUGAUUAUUUUAUAUUCAUCUGAGCAUAAUCAUGUUGUACUUAUUUUUACACAUGACGUAGUGAGAAACACUUUGUGAAAGCAAUCCAUUAUUAUUAUUAGGCCUAUAAUUACAUCAGAUUAUUUUAUUUCUAAAUUAAUCACUGUAUUUAACAUAAUCCUACCAAAAUUAUUCAUAUCAAUUCUGAAAUGCUUAUAAUUAGAAAUGCAUCAUUGAGGAAGAGUAGAAGUCCCCUCUCUUAUCUCUGAUAAAGUAUAGUGAUUAAGGGCGCUAUUCAAUCCAUAUCGCAGAAGUUCAACAUUACAGUUUGAUUGAAAUUUAAAGGCAAUGUUUAGCAGAGACUGCAUUCACGAUAAACGCUGCAUAUGUCCAGUGGUGGAACAAGUACUUAUUGUCAUACUUGAGUGAAAUUAUAGAUACCUUAAUAGAAAAUUACUCAAGUAAAAGUGAGUCACCCAGUGAAAUACUACUUUAGUAAAAGUCUAAAAGUAUUUGGUUUUAAAUAUAUAUAUUUGAAAGUAUAAAUCAUUUCAAAUUCCUUAUAUUAAGCAAACCAGGCACCAUUUUCUUGUUUUUUAUUUAUUUAUGGAAAGCCAGUGACACACUCCAACGCUCAGGCAUCAUUUACAAACUAAGUAUGUAGGUGUUUGUGUUUAGUGAGUCCGCCAAAUCAGAGGCAAGACCAGGGAUGUUAUCUUGAUAAGAGUGUGAAUUGUCAAAAAUAUUAAUAGUAAAAUACAGAUAUCCCAAAAAACUACUUAAGUAGUACUUCAAAGUAUUUGUCCUUAAGUACUUUACACCACUGCAUAUGUCGGCUCAAUCGGAAAUUACAUUUACAUUUCUAUCGCACAAUCUGUAACGCUUCAGUGAUACAGAUUGACUAGAGUCCUAAGUCAAUAUUGUAUAACAGAUAACAUAAAUCUAAUGAGAGUCUUAAGUCAAUAUUGUAGAAGAGAUAACAUAAAUCCAAUGAGAGCCCUAAGUCAAUAUUGUAGAAAAUAUAUCAUAAAUCUUGAGAGCCCUAAGUCAAUAUUGUAUAGGAGAUAACAUAAAUCUAAUGAGAGCCCUAAGUCAAUAUUGUAUAGGAGAUAACAUAAAUCUAAUGAGAGCCCUAAGUCAAUAUUGUAUAGGAGAUAACAUAAAUUUAAUGAGAGCCCUAAGUUAAUAUUGUAUAGGAGAUAACAUAAAUCUAACUCUGAGCUUCUGUAUCAACUGUUGAGUGCUCCUCAAAACGUAAAUGGGCUUAGUUGAAGGAUCUCUGUAGCUGUAUUGAUAAACUUUAUUGUACUGCUCAUUUUCAUCUGUAAGCAAAUACAAAUGUUGUUGUCUGAGACAAACAUAAAUGUGACGUAAACAAUCACUGGGUGUAAAUAAUACCCAGACAGUGAGCCAAUCGGAAAGGUGCAUGAAGCCCCGAUCUGGGGCAUUUAGGCAUUCGUUCUGUUCUGAGAGUAAAACUGGGUGACCUCUACUAUCAAUGAUUGACCUAAAUUAGGUCUCUUAGUAAGGAGAGAUACAUUGAAGUAUUGUUUUGUGGGUGUAUAAUGUCAUUCUUCAUGAAUGUGCGUUUCUAACUAUGUGACAGAUUGUUAGAACAUCAUCAGGUUGUUUGCAUUGAACAGAUAGCCAUGAUAUUAUAGACUAAGAUAAUGUCUUUCUAAAGACCUGUCAUUCUUGACAAAAAAAGGACAUAUAUUUGUGUCUCAAUAUGUUGUGUAUAUUCAGCCAUUAUAUAGAUUUUUCUGAAGCAAAAUGUCCUGAGCUUUCUGUCUGUCUAUUGGGUGUGGUGCGACUGCUCAUAAACAUUUUGUCCUGACGUGAACUUCUGAAGCUUUUGUGCUUACAUUGUUGUCACACUUUGUAGCAAGUAUAAUUAUUUUCAGAAAGUAUGUGAGUACAAAUGUGUAUAUAAUUGGGUUGUUAAUAAUAUACUCGCUAGACUGAAAAACAAGGAAUUAAUAUUUGACAAUGACUUGACUUGACACAUACUAUUGACGAAGGACAAACUUAUUGUUUUGUCAUAAAUGGAAAAAAAUGUAAACUUGACUUGAGCAGGUUUAACAGGACCUGGUUAUAUGAACCAUCACAGAGGUGCAGACAUAAGCUGGUACCAGUUCAGCAAAGCUUAUCACAGUACAGAGAGAACAUACUUCAUUUGUUUUCUUGUUGAAAUAGUUUCUUUAUCAGGGUUUACAUUCCAUUUUGUCAGCUCUCGUCAUUUAUGUCACCAUAGUAAUAUCCAUGGAUUGUUUGAAACUAAUUUGUAUUAUUUGUUUACAGAUUUAUUUUUUAUUCAGAGGCACUUAAAUAAUUAUCACUGUACUCAGAAAUCAAAUGGUACAAAUCACAACCCAAACAGAUGCAUACUUACAGAAUAGUCUACCAGUGCAUUUCAUUAUAUCUGAAUGUUUUUUUAUUUUCAAUACUUGUACCCACAAUUUGUGUGACUGUUUUGACUCAAACUGGAAAAGACACUGGAUUGAAACCUGUUCUUACAUUAAGCUUGAUCUCUUUUUGGCACAAAUACUCCACAAAUCUAUGGUACUGCUGUAUACCAUAUAAUAUGUUUGUACACGUCUUUGCAAUGUACGCCUCUAAAGUUAGUGUUUUGUGCCAUGGAAAGUGUUGUUGAACAAGCAUCAUUCAGUCAUUCACUGACUCACUAACUCAGAAUGAGUAGGGAUUGAGUUAGUUCUUCUUAGAAAGGGAAGUAAAUGUGUAUGUGUAUGUGAUUUAUACUGGCGUGGAGAACAUCCAAGCCAUCAAUGCCCCCAUGCCAGUAUAGUGCCAGGCAGUGCUGUAGGUCAAGAGGAGGGCCCAUUUCAAGACCCACUAUAGCGAAAAGUGGCAUUGAAAAGGAAGGAACAUGGAGCUCAUCAAAGUAUCAUACAUCUGUGUUGGUCGUACUGUCUGUAGCUGAAGGUACCUAUCUUGUUGUUAGGAGACUGCAGGGAGAGAUGUUAAAACAUGUUUGUUGUGUGGUAGAAGGUCUGAAUGACUGAAGGAUGCACAGAGAGCACAGGCCAGUUUCAUGUGGCUCUGGAGUGUUUUAGUCCGCUUAAGAUAGUCAGGACUAUGAAACGUCACACAUCACUGUUACAGUAUGUGACAUAUUUUUGUUUAUCUAUUUUGUUACUGUAAAGGACGGAUAAAAUAACUUAUUUGCUGGAAAAUGUACUAGAUGUAAUAAAAUGUAUACAACUAUGGGGGGAUUUAAGUCUUAACAACACAUUGAAAUUGCAGGUGGCAAUCUUUGUUGAUUUUUUUAGGAAAAAAAUAAACUUGCAGUAUUUUGUGGGGUGGGCUGCCUAUCAGUUCGGGUGGAAUUCAGGACAUUGCUCUCACACGUCACAUAUCUGAUUCUUUGGCACAUGGUCUACUUAGUUUGGAUGGAUACAUGGAGGAUUUGAUGGUGCUGGGUAGAUCUACCUGACUCUGUCAAACAUAAUCCGCUGAUAAAUAUACUGUCUUGUACAAAAAGUUUGUACAUAAAUUGUACAUGGUUUCUUUUUGUAUUUUCUCAAAUUAAAAUGGAUGUAUUUGUGUUCUAAAACUGGAAA